GCCCACGCCACGAUUCACGUGCCGACCUUUUGCGGAUGGCUUCAACUCUUUAGAAUUUCUUCCAAGACCUCUACCGCAACCGUAUUUUUUUUUCUUUCUGUCCAUUCUUCCCUUUAACGCCCACAACUAUGGAUUUCUCACAAUUCAACUCGGCGGAACAGGCCCACAUGACAAAAGUCAUCGAAAAAAAACAGAUGCAAGACUUUAUGCGAAUGUACUCCAGCGUCGUCGAGAGAUGUUUCAACUCAUGUUGUAGUGAUUUUACCAGCAAAGCCCUAUCUUCAAAAGAGGAGCAAUGUGUCAUGAAUUGUGCAGACAAGUUCUUGAAGCAUUCUGAACGGGUAGGAGCGCGUUUUGCCGAGUUGAAUGCUGACGCGAUGGGUUCUCAGCCUGGGAAACAUUGAACGGACUAUUUACACCAAUUACUCUUAAUUUACUGUGUUCCAUGCUAUCGAGGUACCAUCAUCAAUUCCCCACUUUCCUCGUUGUGACGUCU